UCACUCAUAUUCAUUUCCAAAAAUGGCCUCUAUCUCCAAACCAGGACUUGCCUUGGCUCUCAUCGUCAUCAUCGUCGUUAGCUCAUCUUCGUACACCGUCACAACGGUUGACGCCCGAAGCCCAUAUAACCGUGUUCGAAAACUAGCCACGGAUUGCGAUUCGCCAAUACAAGGAGAAAUACCUGGGUGUGGUGGUGGAGGCGGAAGUGGUGGAUCAUCGAGACCCAGACCAAGACCAAGACCAAGUGGUCCGACACCGGGUGCAAGUCGUUGCAGGAAGGGUUGUUGUGGAAGGAACAAGCUUGGAGACUGCGUUUGUUGCGAGUAGGAUGCUACACCAUUUGGCUUAGCAAAUACCAAUUAUACCUACAACUUGAGCUUCAACUUGUUUCUAGUCAAUUCUUGGUCCAAAGACCUAAUUUUCUUGUUGCAUUUUGAUCCUUUGGAAAUUGAAUAAAUUUAAUCCAUUGCCCAACUUUGAAAUCUUGAUUUUGUU